AUGAAGGCGCAAGGAAAAUUGGCGGAGAAAGAGGAGGAGAUGAAGAGAGUAUGGAAGCAACUCCCCGAGGUGCAAGACGAGAACAAGAAGCUCGAGCGACAGUUGGCAAACAAUCAGAAACUAAUGGAAGAAUGGGUGGAAUAUGCGAGAGAGUGGAAAAGAAAGUAUGAGAAAUUGAGUAGCAUGGUGAGAGAAGAGGCCAGGGAAAACUGGAUCGUCCCGCAGGCCCGGGAGAUCACACCAGGGACGCCAGAAAGGGGACACUCAAGAACAGACACAGAAGGGGAAACAGAAAGAAAGAACCCCCAGAGCGAAAAUGAGGAGGCAGUGACACAAAUAGGAGAGGAGGGGGAAGUAACGGCAGUGGAAUUCGAUCGGUCAGAAGCAGCGAGGACCCUGGCACAUGAUGCUCCAGCGCCAGGAGGGUCGGGGGUCGCUGCGGAAGACGAGAGGAGACACAAGCCACAGAACCCCCAGAAGACGGAAACAAGGAAGAUCGCUAAGAACCCUACCCCUAGGAAAUUGGAAGAAGAAGAAUGGAUCGCUGAAAAGAUAAAAAGAAGAGAGAGAAAGAAGGGGAUUAUAAUUAAAGGACUCACAUUGAUAGAAAAGAGAAAAAAAGAAGAGUUAGACCGAUGGAUGGAGGAGACAAUGGGAGUGAAGGCUAGAGUCUCCAAGUUGGACAGAGUAGGUAACGGAACUUGGAGAGCAGAACUCGAAGAAUGGGAGACGAAAGCGGAGAUAAUGGCGAGGAAGCAGGAACUGAAGAAACUCAGGUGGGGAGUUUGGAUAACAGAUGACCUCACGGAUAGACAAAAAGAAGUCCAAACAUGGAUAGAGAGGGAGGGAGAAAACUGGAGAAGGCUGGGACAUGAGGUGAGCACAAAAUAUCAAAAGAUAUGUGUAGAUGGCACAUGGCUAUGCUGGGAUGAAACUGAAGGAACAAUGAAGCUGGAAAAAAAGAAGGCGAACGAAGGAUACAGAGAAGAGGAAGAGGAGGCGGAACAGUUGAGGUACUCGCCACCACCACAGCAGCCAUUUCGUGGGAGGGGUAGAGGAGGACGACAGCUCCCAUGA